AAAGAUGGCCUUUUUACAUGCAGGAAAUCCUGAAACGUGGGAUCAAAGUUGCAGUUGCCGGAAUUCCUAAGACUAUUGAUAAUGAUAUUCCGGUUAUUGACAAGUCUUUUGGUUUUGACACUGCUGUUGAAGAAGCUCAGCGUGCCAUUAAUGCAGCACAUGUUGAAGCCGAAAGUGUUGAGAAUGGUGUUGGGGUCGUGAAGCUUAUGGGUCGUUAUAGCGGGUUCAUUGCAAUGUAUGCUACCCUUGCCAGCCGAGAUGUGGAUUGUUGUUUGAUUCCAGAAUCACCCUUCUAUCUAGAAGGAGAAGGCGGACUCUUUGAAUAUAUUGGAAAGAGGUUGAAAGAGAAUGGACACAUGGUGAUUGUUGUGGCUGAAGGUGCUGGACAAGAGCUUGUCGCAGAAAGCAUUCGGGAAAUGGGAAAGCAAGAUGCAUCAGGAAACCGGCUGCUACUUGAUGUUGGACUAUGGUUAUCUGAAAAGAUCAAGGAUCAUUUUACACGGAAGAUGGUGAUAAAUCUCAAGUACAUAGAUCCAACUUAUAUGAUUCGUGCUAUUCCAAGUAAUGCAUCAGAUAAUGUGUAUUGCACCCUGCUGGCUCACAGCGCUGUGCAUGGUGCUAUGGCUGGAUACACUGGUUUUACUGUUGGGCCUGUUAAUGGAAGACAUGCAUAUAUACCUUUCUACCGCGUAACUGAGACACAAAACAAGGUGGUGAUAACAGAUCGAAUGUGGGCACGGCUGCUUUCCUCUACAAACCAACCGAGCUUCUUGACCUCCAAAGACCACGCCUCGACUCCAUUGUUAGAAGAUACACAUGAUGUGCAUGGUGAGGUCAUUGAAGAAGCAGUUUGUGGUAACAAUUCACAGUAAGCGGGCGACAUGAUGAUCCCUUUGUCAUAAUAAAUCGUUUUCUUCAUGUAUGAUAGGUCAUAGUUUUUCCUUCUUUCAUCCUUCUUUUUAAACUUUCAACCCUGUGGGCUCUCUCCUCGUGUAUUUAUUUUGCUGAAAUUUGGGUUUCCCUGAUGUAUUUUUCUCUCUCUCUCCUGAAUGUCAAGGGUGAGUUUUCAUU